CUUCUCCCCUCGCGCCAACCCCGAGAGCGGCGGCGGCGGCAGCAGAACAGCAGCAACCGGCGGCGGCGGCGGCGGCAGCAGCUUCACCUCGGCUCCUGCACCGACGUGGGCCAGCCUCCGCAAGGGGGAGAGCCAGCGAGCGCAGACGGCCCCGGCCGAGCCUCUCGUGCCUCCGAAGCGUCUUCGCCAGAGCAGGAGGAGGCGAAGCGGGGAGGAGAGGAAAACAACCACAACAACCACCACAAGAGAGAGGAGAGGGAGAGGGUGGGGGAAGAAGAGAGAGAGACGCGUCCCCGCGGACUGGGCUGA